AUGAGUGCCACAACUCCGCCGUCGGCUGGUUCAAAUGGGGCAAAGAAAACUAAUUAUCGUUACCGUACAGUAAAUUGUCAAUCGACGGUCGAUGAAACAUUAUUUGGCACACCACAUCGACUGACAACGGCUGCACGAAUGAGAGCAGAAAAACAACAGAAUAAUCUGCGUACGUAUUUUCUAUCCCUAACAAUAGUGCAACUACGGAAUGUUCCCGAAGAUCCCACAUGUACAUCUGUGAUUAUUGACACGGCCACAUAUCAACGUUUAUCAAAUGCAGCUAAAGUUCAACCAAAAGUAGUUCGAGAACAGGAAGUUCAACAAUCAAAACAAAAUCGAGAAUGUGUUGAAGAAGAAUUAGAACGUCGUAAAAAAGCAAUGCAAGAAUAUGAUUUGAGACGUAAGAAAAAUACCCAAUUAGAAGAUGUGGAUCAAGAAGCGAAAGAGGAAGCCGAGUAUAUGCUCAAACGAGCGAACGAAUUAAGACAAGAACAAGAAGAUGAAAUCAAACAUUUAAAUGAGUUAAUUUUAAAUGCUAAGUGUCAUGCAAUUCGUGAUGCACAAAUACUUGAAAAACAGCAAGUUAAAAGGGAGAUGAAAGAUGAAGAUAAACGUUUAGAUAUGAUGAUGGAAAUUGAACGAUUGAAUUCAUUAAAAAUACAAGAAGAAAUUGAAAAACGUCGACAUUUACAGGCGAAAGAAGGUGCCAGUUUAAUAUUGAAACAAAUUGAAGAGAAUGAUAAAGAAAAAAUGUACAAGGAAGAAAUUCGUGAACAAGAAAAUCAGGCCAUGCUCGAAUACAUGCAAAAAUUACAAGAAAAGGAUUGGGAAGAAUUUUCAAAGAGAAAAGAAGGACAAAAAAAAUUGGCAACCGAUUUAUUAGCGGCUAAUCGUGAAAUUGAAGAAAAUCGUGUUUUACGCAAAGAACAAGAUCGUAUCGCUGAUUUAGCUGUAUUGGAAUUUCAAAAAGCGAAAGCGGCAAGAGAAGCAGCUCAAGAAGCAGAAGUGGAAAGAAAACGGGUGGAAAAAGAGCGAGAAGUGGCAAGAUUAAGAGCACGACAAGAACGAGCAAGAGAUUUACAAGCAGAAAAGGACGCUUUGAGAGCUAAACGUGAACAAGAGAGACGUGAACGUGAAUGGCGUGAACGUGAAAAAAUGGAAACAUUAAAGAAAAAAAUGAAUGAAGAUGAAAUGAGAAUGGCGAGAGAAUGGCAAGUGAAAAAUAAAGAACAACAUUUAGCUAUUGAAGCAGCCCGAGAACGAGCAGAAUUUGAACGAGUGUUAAGAGCUCAAUUGGAAUUGGCUGAAAAAGAACACAAUGUUGAAGUAAAUCGUUUAUCAAAACGUAAUCGUUAUGCUGAUGAAUUACGCGAUCAGAUUAUCACUCAUGAAAAGCAAAAAGUCGAGGAUCGUACUGCAUUCUUUGAUGAAGGUGCAAGAUUAGAUGAUGAAGCAAGAAUGAGACGAUUGAAAUUAGAUGAAAUCAAAAGACAAAAGUUAAAUGACUUACGUCGUGCUGGUGUACCAGAAAAAUAUUGUGCCGAUAUUGAACGAAAGAUGAAUGUACCAGCUGCAGCUGUAGCUUAA